AGCGCUCCUCGACACAGUCCUCUGACGUAGACGUUACGUCAGCGACGUUGGCGGUAUUUUGAAGGAGAGGCGUCUGUUGUUGUUUCUCCGCGUCGAGGAGCAAAAGCUGCGAAACACAAACAAUGGCCGAGGUGAAGCCCGGAGGAGCGGCGGCGGCAGAGCUGUCAGAGGCCGCUCAAACUGAGGUGAUGGACAUGUGUGAGGAUCAGUUUGAUCUGCUGGAAAAGCUCCAGAAUGAGAUUAUACUGAGUGAACGGGAUUUCUGUGAGACUCCACAAGAGCAGUCAGUGAAUCGACUGACGGCAACAGAAGCUGAACUGAAGCAGUGGCUGACAGCGGAGCCCGAACUGUUUGCAGCAAACUCAGAACUUUUACUUCAAGCUGGAAAAGAGGAGAUGGUAAAGCUGUGCUCUGAACUUGAGAUGGUUGUUUCUUGCUACGAAGCAAAGAGAGACAAACUGAGAGAAACUAAAGAACUUGAACAGAAGUGGCUGCAAGAGAAGAAAGAGGCGCUGAUGGCUGCCAGUGAUCACGCUGAACGACUUAAAAUGGAAAAGGAAAAAAUAUCAGAGCUCAGUGUACUGCAGGACACAAAGGCAAAAAUUCAAAAAAUGAAGGUCUACCAGGAAAGUUUGAUGGAAUGUCUUGGGGACAUACUUGAGAAGCACGUCCCCUUCCCUCAGAAUGACUCCAGUACAAACAAGAAGAAGAAGAACAUUGCCCAAGAGUCGGAUGAAGACUUGAUUUCACUUAAUGAAAUUCUCGAGCUUCUCAUGAACCAAGUCCUCAACACACCGCACGACCCGUACGUGACGAUAGACAACACGUUCUGGCCACCGUACAUAGAGAUGCUGCUCCGCUAUGGUAUCGCAGUGAGGCACCAGGAGAAUAACUUCAAGAUCCGCCUGGAAACCUUUUGUUGAGGCAGCGGUGCAUUAGGCAUCUCAAGCACCAACCACUUAUCUGCUAGUGUUUCUAAUUUCAGUCUGCUUGUAUAGCGCUAUCAUUAUGUGUAUUUAUGUAAGCUGGCAUGAGGACUAACUGCUGGGAAAGCAACAAGGCUAGUGAUUUACUCUGUGUGUAUGACUUUCAAGCGUUUUUAUAGGUUAAGAACUGUUUUUUAUGUACAGAGUGACCAUGACAUUUCAAAAAAUGUAAAUAUAUUUUGAUUUUUUUUUUUGGACAGAGUGCUGUCAGUUUCAUGUAAACUCAUAUUAAUAAUCAACAGAUAUGAACUGAGUCUUGUCUUAACUACAUGCACGGAGUUUAAUCAGCAGUGAGCACUGUACUGUUAGUAUUCAUGUGUUCUUUAAAUUCAUUUUAAGUCCUUCAGAUGUGAUAAAGGUUUACCUCCUGAUGCCUUCACAUACCCCGAUGAUGUUCUGUAUAUAUGUACAUUAUGUUUGUAAAUAUUUUCUUGUUCAUGUUCAAUAAAGCUGUGGUGCUGUCAGCCAGACGUAUC